GCAGUCCUGCGAGUCUGACCUUCAUAGAAGUAACCAUGUUCGCCAGGACCAGUGCUUUGGUGUUUCACCCACAAUGUGGGCAGGUCAGGAACAUGGCUACCUUGAAGGACAUCACCAUCCGGUUGAAGUCCAUCAAGAACAUCCAGAAAAUCACCAAGUCCAUGAAGAUGGUUGCCGCUGCUAAGUAUGCCCGAGCUGAGAGGCAACUGAAGCCUGCUCGCGUGUAUGGAAGCGGCGCCACCGCUUUGUACGAGAAGGCUGACAUCAAGGCUCCGGAGGGCGCGGCCAACAAGCACCUCCUGAUUGGUGUGUCGUCCGACCGUGGUCUCUGCGGGGCCGUCCACUCCAAUGUGGCCAAGUCCAUCAAGGCCAAGAUUGCCGCCCUGACCGGUGAGGGCAAGGAGGUGAUGGUGGUCAAUGUGGGGGACAAGCUGAGAGGCAUCCUGCAGAGGACUCACGGCGAUCACCUGCUGCUCAGUUGCAAAGAGGUGGGCCGCAAGCCGCCCACCUUCUCAGACGCCUCCGUGGUCGCGACAGAGCUUCUCAACAUGGGCUACGAGUUCGACCAGGGGGCCGUCAUCUACAACAGAUUCCGGUCUGUGAUCUCCUACAAGACUGAUGAGAAGCCCAUCUUCUCCAUUGACACCUUGGCUAAUUCAGAGAACAUGGGCAUCUACGAUGACAUCGAUGCCGACGUGCUGAGGAACUACCAGGAGUUCUCCCUGGUCAACAUCAUCUACUUCGGCCUGAAGGAGUCCGCGACCAGUGAGCAGAGUGCCAGGAUGACCGCUAUGGACAGCGCCAGCAAGAAUGCCUCUGAGAUGAUCGACAAGCUGACCCUGACCUUCAACCGUACCAGGCAGGCCGUCAUCACCAAGGAGCUCAUUGAGAUCAUCUCCGGAGCCGCUGCCCUAUAAAUGGGAGAUAACCUCCAGCCAUCCUUUGCCAGUGGUUCUGGCGUACAUGCUUCUAAGUACUUCAGACAGCUGUUGUCGAGAGUUUGACUAUUUGUGCUUAAAUUUGUAAAAUAUGCGUGGACAAAAAUAAACCUCUUACAG